CCCGAUAUCUCGCGAGAGGUCACAGCCUUGGCAACCACACACUCACAACAUGGAGGAUUGAGCAUCAUUUGACGUUGUAUACAUCUAACAUCGUGAACUGAAUCUGACAUCUUGCAUAAUGGAUCAGUUUGGAACCUUAGAACUCGCCUGGAGUCAAGGAUAUGGAGGCACGGAGGCUCACUACAUCGACAAGGACAUCAUCUGUUUCCAGUGUGGCAAAAGCAUCAAAUUCGUGGCUGAAAAUGGUUUGGAAACUGUGUUUGCCUUCAAGGGCAAUGGCAAGGGCCCGUUUACAGCUCACAAAGUCAACAAGUGUUUUGCAGUUGCAGAACAGUGUCUUAAUCCCAAGAUAUAUGUGUUUGUGUAUCCAACAAUGAGACAGCUUGGUGUCUUGGAAGGUGGAGCACAAUUGGAAUUUCAGCAGCUUGUGUUCUCAGCUAGUGAAUACCUUCUCAGCCUCUCAGGGUUGCCAGAUUUUGAAAUGACUCUCUGGAAAUAUGAGAAGAAUAUAAAGCUAGCUUCAGUUAAGAUCGGGUCCACCCCACCAACAAGUAUUUGCUUCAAUCCUGGCAAUUGGAGACAAAUCUGUGUGACAACUGACAAAGCCAUCACAGUGUGGCAGACGGAGCAGGCAGACGACAAUUACAUCUUGCUGCCACAACAUGUCAAACUGCCCCCUGAGGACCCCAACACAGGAGAGGAUGAGAAGGAGAGGGACGUGUUGACCCGGGCGUCAACCAGAAUGACUCAGUACACAGUUGACGUGCCCAAGGCAGCCAUUGCUGGACUGGUGGGAGAGAUGGCCGAGAGAUUGUCUGAGAUUCAAGACGAGACUGUCAGGGUGGCACCGGUGUCCCAGACUUGGACACCUACAGGGGAUAUCUAUGUUGGAUGUAAGGGCGGACACCUGUUAAAGAUUGAUGGUGAGCUGAUGAAGGCCAGGGUGCUGUACUACCCACCCCCUGCAGCUGAGACCCCCAGGUCCCGCGCCACCAGUGCAGGACGCAGCAAGACCAGCAUUGGGGACAGUCAGCCAAUAGCUGAUGAGCUCAGUGCUAUGGUUCUGGAAGGGUCAGUCAACUGUAUUGCUUUACACAGAAAAGGUCUCUAUGCAGUCGGAACGGAUGGUAUUUUGAGGAGAAUCGAGACAAGCGGUGAUGAGUUCAAGGUAGCAGAGCAGUGUAAUAUUGGAGUACCAAUCUCAUCUCUGGCCUUCUCUCACAACUUCAGCAGAAUGGCCCUGUGCUCUCCCAUGGGAAGCAUUCAUCUGUAUGAUGCUGGCGUCCCUACAAGCUUAUACCCUCUUCGAGAUUUCCACCACGGACAGUUCAUUGCUGUCUCGGCCAUGGCAACAGGAUCCGAAACAUUUGUUAGUAUUCGCGAAGAUGGGGAAGUGCAAGUAUGGAAUGUCGCCAGUGGAAAGCUUAUGUCUUCUGUCAGCAUAGGAGCUCAGGCAACAGCCCUUGCCUGCAGCCCCCUAGCUCACAUUGCCCUGGUGGGCACGAUGACGGGGCACAUCUUCUGUGUGGACCUGACAGAUAUUGAGAAACUGAGAGUGGUGCACAGGUUCCGGAUAUAUGGUGGUCCAGUCAAUCACCUACAGUUUGAUGAGAAUGGGAGAUAUAUCCUGACUGCCCCCGAGGGAGACGAGGUGUUUGUAGCAGAUGGACGACCAUCACAGAAGUUCCAAAUGCUGGGGUAUACAGUUGUGGACGGUAGCAUCAAGUCCAUCAGCAACUUCACCAACGGCCAGAAUGUGCAGGUCGUCGUGACAACCAACGAUAAACAUGACAAGGAACAAGGGGCCAACAAACUCACAAUCUUCACUCUAACAGACAAGCUGAUCAAAGAUCUGAAGAUCAGCUACAACAGCCUGAAAAGUGACUUCAAGGAUGAAGCUAUCAACAAGAUGCAGUUCCACCUGACAGUGCCGACUGAGUGGGCGGCGUUCGGUGAGAACAACACUCUGUACGCCAUCAACCAACACAACAAGAAGAUCUACAGUGUUCCAGUACCAGAAACUAAACCCAGGAAGAUGACCAGCCCUGAGGCGUACCUGUCAGCAGAGACAGAGUUCAUAGGUCACCAGCUGGCUGGAGCGAAGAUAAUGCUGUCCCCACACAAAAAGUGGCUGGCAUCAUAUGGCACUGAUGGCUGCAUCAUGCUCAGAGCCAAAGGCAGCAUGGAUCGGCAUGUCUCCAUCAUGCCCCACGAGUAUCGUCUAGAUGGUGUCCACACAGCAGCAUUCUCCGAGGACUGUCAGUACCUCCUGUCCUCGGGCUACGAUGGAGUCCUCGCCUGUUACAACUGGAAUUUCACAUCAACAGGAUUAAGUAAGGCCAAGUCAGCUAUAGACAUGGUUCGGUCCAGGAAGGCUCGACUGUUUACAUCUCAGCAACAAGAAGAUGAGUUUGUUCAGGGUCUAACUGACUGGAACAUGCCGGAGCCUCCAUCUCGUUCUGCAUCUACUCUGCAGCAGGAAGACAGGGAAAGGACAGAGAGAAAAAAACAGGAGGCAAUUGACCAAGAUAUUAUCUACAAAACGCCUACUCCUACGCCUAAGGCGGAUGCGACUUGGUUAGAAGAGCGCGAACUCGAGGCUCUUAUUGAUGAAGAUAAACAAUAUGCAGACACCAAGAUACAGCUUCGCACCCAGAUCAGAGAUGUCCGGAGAACUAUUCAGGAAAUGAUGAAGGACAAUGAAGGUCAGCCUGACAUCGAGAAACUAGGACGACACGAGUUUGAUCUGGAUGUAGAUGAACAAAGUAAACUACAGAGUCUUGGAGAAGCUGAGAUAGCCAGGGUGCGAGAAGAGAUCGAGUUCGACAAUCUGGCCAAAAUGUAUCUCCGAGAUAUGAUCAAGAAGGAGUGUUGGGAUGAAAUGAAGGUCAAGGGGAGAGCACUCCAGGCUUUCAACUCAAACCUUGAGGUGUCCAACUUUCCCAUGAAGGAGAGGGCAGAGGCGGUCGUCAAUGCUCUGGAAACUGUCACUAAGAGAAGGCAGAUAGAGAUUGCUGAACUAGCUGCACGAAAGCAAGAAAUUGAACAGGGCCAAAAACCUGCAUCACACCUGAAAUACAGACAAAGGCCAUAUUCCGGAGCUUCAGAGUUUGAUGACGACCUGGGAGAGGGAGAAGAAGGAGAAGAGGACUCCAAAGAACUUCCUUCCACAACUGGCAGUCUAGGUGCACAGUUUGGUGGAGGAAGUGAUCUGUUUUAUAGCCAGUUUGAACUCCACACUCGAGAACAGAAGACAACUCAGAUUAUUCUACUGGAGGAUGCCAUCCAUCGUAUCAAGAAUACUUUCAACAAGGAAUUUGAUGAAGUCUUUGCCAAGAAAGAACAGGAAAUCAGUAAGAUCAAGGACAAGAACAAGCGUAUCGUAAAGAUCAUGGAAGACUUGGACUUAACAGAAGAGAUUAUGGACUAUGAGCUUGGUGCCCUGGAGAACCCAGAAAUGCUUCUAACAGUUGAUGACAGUGAGGUGAAGGUGGAGAAGUUCCUGACAGCUGAACAACGCAAGAAGUUGGAGGAACAGGAGAAGAUAGCGGAAGAACGGCAACGUCUGGAGAAGGGGGAUAAUGCACGGGAACGUGCCCUGGACAUGAUGAUGGGAGGUGUCCUCGAGAUCAAGAAAGAAGAUGAGCUCAAGAAGGAUGUUCCCAAGCCACACUUCAUGAUCAGCAAGGCAGAGGAAGAGUGGUCCGAGGACGAGAAGAAAUUGGCUGGUGACUAUGAGAAGAAGGUCAAGGAUCUGACCGAGGAGAGGGAAAAAUACAGGAAGCAACUGGAGACGGAGCUGCGGAAGCUGCAGGGAAUCAUCCAGGACGGGAUGUCUGGCUUUGAUGAGACACUUAACACGCUGUUCCUCAAGAAGAUCAAGGUCAUGAUGGUCAUCUAUCAGGAGGAGCUGAAGAUCCAGCGUCUGCGGUUCGCGCUGCUGAAGGAGGAGGAGCUGGAGGUGAGGGAGAAGGAGCUGGUCCGGCUGCAGCAGCACAAGAAGAAGCUCAAGCAACUGUCGAGCGAGGCAGCCUCCGAAUCAUCAAAGAACCUGGCCAAGUUUAAGGAUGAGUACGACAUCCUGUUAGCAGAGGACAAAGUUAUGGACCGAUCCUUCAAGAGGGAGUUUGCUGAUGUGUCAGCCAUCAUGCAAGAUCAACUGUAUCGUCUGUUCAGGAAGAGACCAAGAGGACAGAAAUUCAAGGGAGUAGACACCCCUGUUCUUGAUGUGAACUCAGCCAACCCGUUCGCGGCAGAGCGGCCGACGACAGCGAGACAGAACGCAGCUGCCCAGGCCUCCAUUGAUGCAGCUCUGGAGGAGAUGGACCGGGAGAGCAACAUGCCGGAGGGUCUGGAGGGUCAUGUGUGGAAGAGGAUGUGUACGUACAGGAAGGACAAGAUUUACAGUGAACAGUUGGUGAAAGUGAAAUCCCUGGUGUAUGCCGAGAUGACCGACUUUGAGCAAAGGAGGAAGAAUGAGGAUGUGGCGCUGGAGGAAGAGAUUCGUGAUAUAGAGAAACAGAUAAAGAGUUUGAAGGAGGAUCGUCAGCGCUUCACACUCAACCUGGAGGUACAGCUGAUGCUGAAGCAGGGGCAGGUGGAGGUAGAUGCUGGGUCCUUCGUCCAUGACUACACCAACAGCGUCCUGACUCACAGAACUGUGGUUGAGGAGCUUAACAGCACCAUCAAGCAACUGGGCGAGAGCAAGAUCACCAGCAUGGUGGAGAGUAAGGACUUCAGGAAGGGCAUCAUCCAGCUGGAGUGGGAACACAAGAGGAUGCUGAUGCAGAUGACGGACCUUCAGAACAAGAUGAAGGACAUUCAGUUCAUCAAGGUCACCAGGGAAAUACAGGCUUUCCUGAAUGAAGCCGAUUAUGAUGCCAAAAAGCAGCAAGAAAUUGCCAUUCUUGAGCAGACCAUAUUAUUACAGAAGAAACACCAUGACAAGAACAUGAGGGAGAAGAAGCGAACAUUUAAUGAAUUACAGCACACAAUACAGUCUAAGGACAAGGAGAACUCAGGACUUGACAUCGAGCUCAAGGAAGUCAAUGUGUGUGUCAAUGAGAGGGAUCACAUCGAUCAAGUCAAUGCUGACCGUCGGAUGGACACCGGGGCAGAAAGACGAUACCAGGAGAUUGUACAGAGGCGGAAGCUUGUUGACCUUGCCAAAGCACAAGCACAGGAGGUUGCAGUGUUACGGGCGGAGGUUGAGAGACUCAGGAUGAGGACGUUCCCUGCUCUUGUGCAAGUGGAACACUGAUUCAUGAACAAAUGCAUGGGACAGACAGACUUUUUCAUGAAAGAACUGAAGUAAAUCCUUGGAACACAAACGCAGGAGAGAAUUGUGCUCAAUUGGUCAGAUGUUAGGACGAAAUAUUUAUGAAAAACUGAUGCUACAAUUUGUCAUUCAGUCUGGCAUUUUUCAAGUUGGAAGGCCAUUGAUUGGCCCAUUUUAUUAUAAUUUAUAGUAAGAAGUGAAAUAUAAGUCUUGAAAGGGAGUUGAUAUGAAUGUUUAUCAUCUUUUCCGUCCAAUUGUUCAAUGCAUUUUGGGAACUAGAGAAAUGGAACUACAUACAAUAUGGAUCAUUUCUUUCAUCAAUCAGCUUUGAAUUUAACAUUGAAGUGAAUUUUAAGAUUCUAUAUGUAAACUAGAAAAAAUAUCAACUUAUUUUCCCAUCAACUAUGAUAUGACUGUUCACAGUAUUACGUCUAGCUAUGUUAGAGUUGCAUACCAUUGCUUUACAUACAUGUCUGUUUGUUAUAUUUGAGUUGCAAGACAUGGAUGUCUGGUUUGUAACUGACCUUCCGUCCGACUCUGGAAGUAGCAUUACUUGCAUGUGCUUUUGCACCAUGUUUUGAUGACUUUACAUCUUCAAAGUUUUAUGACCAAAACUGUGAUGUCUGAUGCCAUUCCAAACCAAUGUUAUUUAAUGUUGUUAAUGUAUUGCUUGGUUUGUUCAUAUUUAAAUUGAAGUUACAAUGAAGAUCAAUAAACUGUAUUAUACAUGUA